UUGAGCUGUUGGAAAGUGGUGGCAGCACUGGUUCGUUGGUUGCAUUGCAUAACACAAAGAGGAAGAGAAAACAUGGAAGAUUCUGGAGCGAUUCUCUCUCACAUUUCAUCACUGAAGGAAAUGCUGGAUCAGGUAAACGAAGAGAUGGAGGCUACUAUAGAGAUUACUCGAGAGAUUGAAUCCAGCAUCGUCAAAUGCGAGGAGAUCGAGGCCGAUUUGGCAACUAGGGAAGCGGAUUUGAUCAAAACCUCUGCCAUCUUGCAGUUCGACACCGUUGGAUACGUCACCGUCGCAGCUGAUUUAAAGGCUUCAGCAAGUACCUUGGAGAAGGAGUUAUGCAGUCUUAGAAUGAAGCGAGAUGGGAUCGUUAAUGAAAUGGAUGAAAAACGGUAUUGA